GCAGUUUCCGUAGAAGAAAAGUGCCCCUACACUGCUACAGACAGAGAGAACUCACAUUGCGGUUGCGGACCUCAGCUUGCCCACUACAGAGCUAACCAAAAGAGAUGAAAGGGAGCCUUUCCCACGAGCUCGAGACGGGGCUCCCAGCCGCCGACGUGUGGGAGGUCUACGGAGGCCUCCUUGUUGGGGACUUGAUUCCCCAGCUGCUUCCUCAAGUUUUCUCAAAGGUUGAACUCGUAGAGGGAGACGGUGGAGUUGGAACGGUUCUGCUCGUCACUCUCCCGCCAGGGACUCCUGGAUCAGAGGCUUUCAAAGAGAAGUUCGUCAAGGUCGAUGACGAAAACCGCGUCAAGGAGUGCCUGGUAACCGAGGGAAGCUUUUUUGACCGUGGCUUCAAGAAAUACCUGGUGCGAAUCGAGAUCAUAGGAGAAGAUCGGGAGGCAUCCACCAUAAGAUCAACUAUCGAGUACGAAGUUGACCAGGAGCAUGCAGGCAACCCCCCUGUUGCCAGUAGCAGUGGCUUGGCUACUAUCGCUAAGGCCAUCGCAGAAUAUAUCAUCAAGCAGAAGAAGAAAGGUCCUCCUGAGUCCUGAGUAAUUAAGCUCCCAUGUAAUCAACUCCGGGAAGAAAGGAUAUUAUAUUAUAUCGUGUAUAUGUUUGAUCAGUGAACAACUGAAGUUAAUUUGUGUCUACCAAUGAACAAAUAGAAUACGGUAACGAGCGAAUGGUUGCCAUUUGAA